AGCUCCACAAUGCUCACUCUUUCCAGGCUGCACUUUGCUCAAACAAAAGUGGGGUAAGGAGACAAAGCUGCACAGCAGCUUACAGCACAGGACAGAGAACUGUGAGCUGCUGCUGAGACCAGGGAGUGGCCAAGAUGUUCAGUGUCCUGAUCAUACUCUGUUGCCUUGUUCCUGCUCUCACAUGAGGUCAAUGGAAAUUGGAUCAUUCAUCUAGGAUUAAGAAGAAUGGGGCAGGCUGGUGACAGGUGCUGCAGGGGUGCGUUUGGCCACCAGGUGUCAUAACAGACCUGCACAGCAGGACUGUGGGUGAUUCCAAAGGGACUGCCAUGCUUUUACAUCACACAAAAUCUGAGUUCCUGUCAUUCCUGGCACCUCUUACACGGCAGCAACUGCUGGGGAAGCUGCUUCCUCACAGUGAGUGGGAACUGUCUGCUUCCCUUUUGUUAUAGUUCUGCAUCCAGCAUGCUGGUGGCCUGGCAGCUGUUCUCCCAGGCUCUUUGAGCCUCAGUUUACCCCUGAAUUGGCAGUAUUACAACUAAUCUAUUCUAGUUCUCAUGGAGAUCUGCUGUCAGGGCCAAGUUCAUCUUCCAGACUGCAGAGGUUAAAGCAGUAGCAGGCAUGGCAGUGCCAGGCUCUGAUCCCCCCCUUUCAUCCAUGGGAAGGGACGUGGAGGUUUAAGUGAAUAGGAAAAGCAUUUGCCCUAGGACAGUGUAGAAACCAGAUACCAAGAGUUGGAGCUCCUUGAACAGAUGGACACAUGCUCUGUGAGUGAGGAGUGGGCAAUGAAACCUUCACAACUAUUUGGAAGUAUUUGUGGAUCUUCCCAGCUCUGGACAGGGCUGGCCAUUGCCUAGCACUGGGAGCUGCUAGAAGUUAGUCUACAUUCAUACUCCCAGUUCCAUCUUCAGCCUCUGUGGUCUGUUGGACCUCCACUACUGUGAGUCACAGAGUCACUGGGGCUGCACUGGAGCGGGGCUGAUGCUGUGAGUUAAGAUUAAUCCUGUCUUAAUGUUUCAUGGCUUUUUCUCCUCUGUUGAAGGAGUCUGUCAUCCAGAAAUCACUUCCAGUUGUAAAUAAAGUCCUUCCCUUCACGAGUUUCUUUUGAAACAUACAUUCCUAGAUCUGCCGAGGAGGGUUGUUACUAAAAGGGAUGUAGGAGCAGGAAGGAGCAUGUGCUGCCAUCUCCUGCAUCAUGGUGAGUGGAGAGAGCACAGGGUGAAUUAGGGAAGCUAUUUAUGGCAGCCCUUGCCUGCAGCAGGGCCUUCCAUACUCAUCUGGGUGGAUGUGAAGUCCUGUCUGCUGGAGGAGGUCUUCUGUAAAUCCUAGAGCUAUUCCAGAACUGAUCUCUGUGGCUUUGUGGCCAAUUUCAACCAGCAGUGUGUGUGGGAACAGGAGCGAUACUUUUCCGUGCUGGUGGCUGAGUCAUUUCCUAGGGUGUCUGUUUUAAAUGGGCAUGAGUAAGCUGGUGAAAGGACUUUGAUCUGCUGCUUGCCCUCUGUCAGGAGUGUUGAGGAAGAAGCCUGCAGCAGCAAGCUGGGAUUUGAAACAAGCCAUUAGAAAAGGGACUGACAGUGGGAUGGAAUUUAUACUGCUUUUUCCAACCUUGUCUUCCUACCUCUACCGGACAUCAGCAGGAGGCCACAUUAUUUACUGAGCAGAGUUAGAAGCAGCAAUAAAAUAGACUCCUCUCUUUAUUGCUGGGCAGGGGUUGGUUGGUAAGUAGUUUCAGGGUGGGAUGGAUAAGAUGGCCCUAGUCUUUGGUGGAGGGUGAGCUGAUGUCACCUGUUGGAAUGGGCAGGUUAGGAGCCAGCUAGGGCUGCUUGGAGUGAUCAGUUGUGGGGGAACAAGCACCUCUGGCUCCCCUGCCCUUGGAAGCAAUUGCAGCUGAAGGAGGGUAACUGAGGUAAUUAACAGAGGUAUACCCAGAACACUUCAGGUUUCUCACUGAGAUGUGUUUAGACAGCUCUAUUCCCUCUCAUUUUCCAUGUAGCCAGCCCCAGCCUUCCAUGAUGAGGAGAGAGCUGCUGUGCAAGGCAACACUGAGAGCAGAACCUGGCUGAAGUGGUGGGAUCCUUCCCUAGAAGCAGUGGGGCACCUCUAUCUUUGGGGAUGCUCAAGACUUCUUGUACAGCCCUGGGCACUGUGAUCAGCCUUCCAGUCUCAUCCUGCUGGCUUUAGAUCUAGGCCCUCCCUAACCUGAAGCACUUGAUGACUAUGGAGUUACCAACUCCAUAGUCAUGGGUUUUCCCCAUGUUUCCUGCAUUUCUCUACCCUUCCUUCCAGCAAGGCCUUUUAGGAUCUGAGACCUCUUAUUUCAUGCCACCAAGUGCUACCCAAGGGCUUGCUGGAACUCUGGGGAAAGGAUCUAGCUGGCGACAGGGAUUUCUGUUUAAAAGAUACUUGUAGUAACAGGACCCUGGUCCUAGCAGAAAGGGAAUCACCCAGGAUGGUCUGAAUUUAACUCCUACAAGCAUACUGAGAAAAACAGUUUUUUACCAUAUAAACCAUGGUUUUACUGUCUAUUUUGUGUUAUCACCGUAUGCAUGUUGGAGAAUUGCAGCAGUUGCUGCUGUGGUGGUGUACUGGGGUGGAGAGACCUGUGAAAGCCCCUCUAGUAGGAGGAGGAGCCCAUUGCAGCAGUGAGAUUGUUUGGUGCAUGGUCAGAGGGUCUGGAAAAACAUGGCAGCUGUGGAACCAUGGAUGCCAAGAUAACCCACUGAUUGUGCUGUUCAGUUUGCUGUGCGAAGGUAAGCUGGGAAGGGGGAGCUGGGAGCUGGCCGGGAUGUCCUCUGCGUGGAGGACUCUCAUCUGCAGCGUUUUAAAGCCAAUCACAAACUGAAUGUCAGCUGUGACACCCAGCAAAUUGUGGAAAAGGUCAGCCUGGCUCAAUUCUGGCCAAUCUCAGGGGCCCAAAAUACGUGUUAGGUCAGUGCUGGGUCACAUUUCUUCUCUGAUCUCUAAAGCUGUGGGUAGGUACUGUCUCCUAUCAUGUUUGACUAGGCACAAAUCAAGUGCCCCUGCCCUGCCCUGGAGUCCUGCUGCAUGUGGCCUGGGGCAAGAGAGUCCUGAGUAUCAGGAACCAGCAGCUGCGUGUCCUCGCCCCAACAACCAGUCUCAAAUCCCUGGAGAUCGAUUUUCAAGCCAGUGCCAUCCUAAGGAGGAAGGUGCUGGUGUCUCUGUGCUGCUGAGGAACAUCUCCAUGUGCCAGAGCUGCGGCUCUACAGGGUGGGUAGGGGUGAGAUAGGGGAGGGAGUGAUGUCAUCAUGGUUCCAUGUAAUCACUUGCUCUCUCCUGCCUUCAACUUGCUGGAUUGUGAUAGAACAGUGUCAGGUGAUUAAUAACACACACGUAGUUUAGCUGUUCUUGUUAUGCUAUGACUACCCUGGAGUAUGACAAACUCUGAGUAGUUUGACAGGUUCUGUCUGUCCCUAUCUUGUGUAGGAUCUAGAAUAAAAUGAAUGAACUAACUGCUCCUGGCCUUCCUGAUGAUUUUUCAGGUCUGCCUGGGGCUCCUGUGUCCUUCUGUUGGGUUAAAUAGUGGAUGUGACACUUGGGGACAUGGUUUAGUCAUAAACAUGGCAGUGCUGGGUUAACAGUUGGACUCUAUGAACUUAGAGGUCUUUUGCAGCCUAAAUGAUGCUGUGAAGCAGCAAUGAAGACUGGUGUUGUGAGAGGCAGCUGGAGGUGAAGCAGAAAUCAGCCCUGCCACGUCUUGCACACAAAGCACUGUCACAGAGGUGACUCAGAGUAUUUACUGGCUUAACCCUUUGCAGCAGCUCUGCAAACCAGUGGUACAGGGUGACUGUGGCUGCAGGAGAAGGGCCCAGGACCUUCCUGGCUUAUGGUUACUGCAGGUAAGAGCAAGGCCCAAGUCUGCAUUUCUUCUGCAUCGUGGCUCAUGGCAAGGGAAGUGGCCAUUGCUGUGGUGAGGCAGUCAUGCCUGUUCAAUAGGUAACACUGCAGGGAUGAACAGCUGUUCAUCUCUCUGAUCUCUCUGCACUGUGCCUUUGCAGGCAAGGAUGGAGCUGGACUCUGACCUGCCAGGAGAGCAGGCAGGCACCAGGGGACCUUUGAGCUCUGCCAGCCUGCUUGUUUCAUGAUCCUUCAACUCAGCCCUUUGUGCCCAACCUGAAGAAAUUAAGGCAAUGACAGAGAUGUUGGAGGCCGGGAGAAAGCAGAAUCCUAAGCCAGCGCAAGGGGAUGCCUGUGACCCGGGUCAGCUCCUGCCAGAUACUGAAGUGGGCGUAACAGAGUCACAUCUUGGCAAAGGAGGCCCGGAGCUGGAGACCGGAGCGCCUACGGCCCGAGAGUGAUGAAGAAGCGCUUGGGCGUGCCCGGGGCCCGGGCGGAGCGGCGCCCGCCUGGCGUGGAGGCGGCAGCUGGGAAGUGAGGGCUGCCCGAGGCGGGGCGGCCCCGGCGGGAGGCGGGCACGGCGGCCCCGCCGGAGGCGCCCCAGCCCGGCGGGCACUCCAGGGCGGGCACGGUCGGGGCAGCCCGCGGCUCAGCGGCGCGGAGCCGGUGCCCGGAGCGCGAUGAGGGCGGGCGGGGAGGCGCCGCACCAGGUGCUGGGCCGGCUGCGGUUCUUGCUGCAGUGCAGCGAGUGCUUCCGCCGCGCCCGGGCGCUGCCCGCCGCGCUGUGCUACGUGCCGCGGGAGGUGCAGUACAAGAUCUGCAAGGACCCCGCGGCCGCCGCCGCCCGCAGCCUGCUCAGCGUGUGGGACAGCCCGGGGCCGGCGCGGGGCGGCAAGCGGGCGGCGCGGGCCACGAUCGAGGUGCGGAAGGGCGGCUGCCUGCGCGCCACCGGCGAGGAGUACUGCAACAGCGCCGGGCUCUGGGUCAAGCUCAGCAAGGAGCAGCUGGAGGAGUACCCGGGCACCCGUGGCUUGGCGGAGGGCUGGAUCCUGGCGCAGAGGUUCGGAGAGGGAGGAGAUAAAUUAGUCCCGGUUGAUUCCGUGCAGAGGAUCCAGUGUCAGCACCAAACGCUGGGGGUUGAUUACAGACCUGCCGUCAGCUGGGAACAAGUGGUGGACCUGACGUACUCCAUGCGCCUUGGAGAGAUGCCCAGGCUCAUAGAGCAGGAUGAGGCCGCCGUGCAGAAGUUUCGGUCUGUGCCCCUAGGCUGGACCUAUGAGCACGACAUGGAGCUGGGGCGCUUCCUGUACGAUCACAGCGAGAAGAAGCUGCAGUGCGCAGACUGCACCAAGGAACACAUCAACAGCAUCGAGGUCUCCUCACACAUGGAGGAUUGUGUUGCAGCCCAUCUGACAGACAACCUGACAUACACCUUCUGGGAGAGCAGCGGGCCCCCGGGGCAGCACUGGGUGCGGCUCAACAUGAAGAAAGGCGCCAUUGUCAAGAGGCUGUGGCUGAUGCUGGAUGGGCAGUCCAACUCCUAUAUACCCAGGCGAGUGGCUGUGUAUGGGGGAACACUAAGCAGGCUGCAGCACCUGAGAACAGUCCUAAUUAACGAGAACAGCUACCAGAAUGUCUGCAUCCUCCGCGACAUGAAAACCCACAUGCCCGUGCUGGAGAUCCGCUUCCUGGAGUGCCGGGACCAAGGGUACAAUGUCCGUCUGCAGGGGAUUAAGAUCGUGUCCUUCUGGGAGUGGGACCUGAUCCUGAACGCCGACAUGUUCCAGCCAGCCCGGCUGGUUCGCUACCCUCUCCUGGAGGGGGUGGAUGCUGACGUGCUGUACCGGCGAGCUGUGCUCAUUCAGAGGUUUGUCCAGCUCCUGGAAGGUGUCCUGUGUUACCUGAUCCCCCUCUCUGAGGACAGCAUCGGCACCUUCAACGCACUCAGGAGCAUGAAGCCAUUCCUGCUGCUGUCCAAGCAGAGUGAAGCCCUCAUUGCCCACUGUCUGCAGUCCUCAGAGAGCUCUGCUCCUCACAGCCUGCCAAAGCUCUACAUCAACCGGCUCCUGGCCCGGGAGCACCGUGCCAACCCCGCGCUGGACCCCAGCUGUAGGAAUGCCGUCUUCACACAGCUGUAUGAAGGCCUCAGAUCUUCCAAGAACAAUCAGCCCCUGGACUACAGGUGGCCCCUGACCUACAGCCAGUGGUGGGAGUGUGAUUUCAUCACUGAGGGCAUCAUUGACAAUGGUGGUGGCUUUCGGGACAGCCUGUCAGAUGUGUCAGAGGAACUGUGUCCCAGCUCCAGCGAUGUCCCGGUGCCUCUGCCGUUCUUUGUGCGCACCUCCAAUCAGGCCAACAGCAGCAGUGACACCAGGGACAUGUACGUCCCCAACCCCUCCUGCAAGGACUUCCCCAAGUAUGAGUGGAUUGGGCAGCUGAUGGGAGCAGCCCUGAGGAGCAAGGAGUUUCUGAUCCUGUCUUUGCCGGCGCUGGUGUGGAAGCAGCUGGCAGGGGAGGAGGUCAGCUGGAGCAAGGACUUUGCCACUGUGGACUCAGAGCUGGUGAAGCUGCUGGAGGUGCUGGAGAGGGUGGACAAGGAAGGCUUUGAGUUCAUGUUUGGCAGAGAGUUGACCUACACAACAGUGCUGAGUGACCAGCGCAUGGUGGAGCUGAUCCCCAACGGCAGCAACACCGCUGUGCGCUAUGAGGAGCGCAAGGAGUUCAUCCGCCUGGUGCAAAAGGCUCGCCUGGAGGAGAGCAAGGAGCAGAUCGCAGCCAUACGUGCCGGGCUGCUCCGUGUGGUGCCCCAGCCCGUGCUGGACCUGCUCACCUGGCAGCAGAUGGAGAAGAGGAUCUGCGGGGACCCGGAGAUCACAGCGGCAGAGCUACAGAAGUUCAUCAAGUUUGAUGACUUCCCCUCUGAUGAUACCCGUAUCCAGUAUUUCUUGGAGGCACUCAACAACUUCACCAGUGAGGAUCUCAGCCGUUUCCUCAAGUUUGUCACCGGCCGGAGCCGCCUCCCAGUCCAGAUCAAUGUCUACCCAGAAAGGUCAAACUUGGAUGCGUUGGACCUGAUGCCACAGGCCUGCACGUGCUCCUGCAGCUUCUUCUUGCCCAACUAUUCCUCGGCCAAAGUCUGCGAGGAGCUGCUGCGCUACGCCGUGUACAACUGCAUGUCCAUUGACACCGACAAGAACCCCUGGGAUGAAUGAGACCCCCAUGUGCCCAUGCCCUGGGAGCCUCAGGGACACUGGAUUCAAUAAAACUGCAGGGCCAGGUCCUGCUGUCCUGCCCCA